AGAGAUCCCAGGAGGGCGCCGACCAGGCCAGGUCCAUCGCCCAUAGGCGUGGGGUCACCCCAGGACCCCAGCCCGGUGACUGAGAAGUUCUUGGACCAGGGUGUGCGCCCCGGGGUUAAAGCUCCUCCCUAGGUGGCGCGGAGGGGACCCAUACUUGGCCCUCUGCUGCGGCUCUGCUGGGAGUUUCCUUCCCACUUAACAUUCCCUGCCUCAAGUCACACCUAUCUCGAUCGGAACCGAUGGAGGAGACGGGAAGGAAGGCGGGUGGGCAGCAGCGACUCUCUGGGGCUGCUGGGUCCCUUCAGUCCCCGCACCUGUGAACCGAAGCGCUCCCGCGGCGGGCGUAAUGUCCGAAGUAACAGUUCCGAGAGCCUUGAGCUGAACCUUCUGGAGCGCCAGUUCCGGGGAAUGUUUGGGGGAGGCCUUCGGGGAGGGUCCCUGGUGGGGCACCCAGGCUGUGCGGGCCCUGCCGCGCCCCCUCCCUCCCGUCGCCUCGACCGCACUCCUCCCUCGGCUCUGCUUCCCUCCCGCCUGCCCCCCUUCCCCCCGCUGUCUCCCUCCCCCGCCCGCCCGAGGCCGCGCGGAGCCGGAGCCGCCGCCAGAGCGCGGGCAGCGCGGAGCGGGCGGCGGGAAGGCAGCCGUGUCCGGCGGCCCGCCGCCCCCGCUAGGCCCCAGACCCGCACACCCGCCGGGCCGGGGAGAGGCCGGGACCGAGCGCAGGCGAGGACCCGCCGCCCUGCCCGGGAGGAGUCCCAGGGCGCGGACUGGCUGCCUCGGGUCCGAGGUGAGGCUCGGCGCAGGACGCGCCCGCCGGAGGCGCGGCCCCGCGAGCCCACCCGGGUCUGGGGUCCUCUCAGGAGGCUGACGACCGAGGAGGUAUCCGCCGGGAGCCAGCGCUAGGACGGCAGGGCGGGCUUGAUCCCUGCGGGCGCGGGCGAGCGGGCCCGGAGCGCGGCGGGAGGGAGCCGCGGCGCGCCGCCAUGCGCCGGGUGCUGUAGCCGAAGGCGCGGGCCCGAUGGAGCGGGCCUGGGCGCAGGGGCUGCGCGGAGGCCGCGGCCCGCCGGCGCUCGGUCUCGCGCUCGGGCUGGCUCUGCUGCUGGCGCGGCCGCCGUCGGGCAGCGCGGGGUCCCCCGAGGCGCAGGAGCCGGCGGCGCCCGGCACGGCGGCCCCGGCCGGGGGCGACCGCUGCCGCGGCUACUACGACGUGAUGGGGCAGUGGGACCCGCCCUUCAACUGCAGCUCGGGCGCCUACAACUUCUGCUGCGGCACGUGUGGCUACCGCUUCUGCUGCCACGACGGACCGCGGCGCCUUGACCAGAGCCGCUGCUCCAACUACGACACGCCGGCCUGGGUUCAGACUGGCCGGCCUCCCGCGCGUGCCCGCGACGCCACGGUGCCCCGGGACCCGGGCCGCGAACGCAGCCACACGGUCGUCUACGCGGUGUGCGGCGUCGCCGCCCUGUUCGUGCUGGCCGGCAUCGGGGCGCGCCUGGGCCUGGAGAGGGCGCACAUACCGCGCGCGCGGCGCACCGUGACCAGGACACUGACAGAACUUCUGAAGCAGCCUGGCCCCCAGGAGCCACUGCCUCCACCUCUGGACCCACCUCUGGGUAGCUGUGUCCAGGUGCAGAUGGGCGAUGGCCUCCCCCGGGGCUCCCUCCACAGGAGCACAGACAAGAAACGCCCCAUCAACGUGCCCCUGGCUUCGGCGACAGCGGGCCCCCCGCGCGCCCCGCGGCUGCAGGGCGGCGGCAGCCUGACGAGGCAGCCGGACUACGCCAAGUACGCCACCCUAAAGGCAGCCGCGCUCAAGGCCGCAGAGGCCUCCCCGCGGGACUUCUACCAGCGUUUUCCCGCGACUGAAGCUCCCCCGCCGACCCUCCCGGCGCGAGCCCGGAGGCCCCCCGAGGACUUGCCUGCACUUCUCGACGCCUGCCCCUGGGCCCCGCCGGGCUACGUGCCCCCCGCCGGCCCCACCCCAUCGGGCCACUACAAGGCCUGGACGGACGGCCGCCCGGCCCAGCCCGCCCCCCGCGGCCACCUGGCGGCUCAUGCCUCCUCAGCGCCCCGGAGGCCCGGCGACGCACCCCGGCGCCAGUUCAGCGUGGAGAAGCUGCCCGAGGCCUUCAGCCCGCAGCCCCCUGGCCUUUAUGGCCGCGCCAGCCGCGGACCCAGGCACCUGAGCACCAACAGCAAAGCCGAGGUCACCGUGUGAAGAAGAGGCCGCUCGUUCUGAGGCACUGCACUGCCAGGAGCCCUCUUCUGCCUGGGGGACUCGCCAUGGGCUUGAUCGGGGGGCCCAGGCUACCGGAAGGAGGGGUGCUGGCCAUGAAGGCCAGCCCUUCUGCCUGCCCACUGGACUAGGAGCCUCGGAGCCUGCAGGGCUCCUGGGCCCACUUGGGUAAAGCCAGUGGUUCUGUCCUAGGGGCCUUAGGGCCCGGUUCCUUGUGUAAAUAAACCCUUUUCUGUGACUCCCAACCCUGAGAAUAAAGGAGCCCCAGCUUGGCUCUGCG